AUGUCCCAGCGGAUCUACAGGACCGGCUGCUGGCAGAGCGACCCGUAUCCCGGAUCUGAGGAGAACAGAGGGCCCAACCACCCACUGCAGGAUGACUGCUCUGCGCGCCGACCCAGCACCCGCUCCCUGCACUCAUUGCUGCUGCUCCAGGGACUUGUUGCCGGCAAAAAACGAGGAGGGCUUUCUGUGAGCGGACCAGCACGGUCCCACCAGUCCGGUCCCAACCUGGCAGGGAAUGAUCAGUGGAAUGAAUGUGAUCGAGAGGUGCAUCAGCUAUUGCCAGAUAAAGUGAAGAAGGAAUAUUUGAAAGGAAACUCUGGGAGUCAAGGCAAACUAAAGAGGCAAAAAGAAAGUCACAUGGUCGAGAAGAGAGAUAAACCCAUUCCUGGCCAAGAGCAGGAUGUCCAUAAACUAGUCCACAUGCAAAGAAUCCACACAGGGGAGAAACCUUUUGAAUGCUCAGUGUGUGGAAAGAGAUUCAGUUGCAGUGGCAUUCUUCAAAAUCAUGUAAGAACCCACACAGGAGAGAAACCUUUUGAAUGCUCCGAGUGUGGAAAGAGAUUCAGUCGCAGUGGCACUCUUCAGCUGCAUCAAAGAACACACACAGGGGAGAAACCUUUUGAAUGUUCAGAGUGUGGAAAGAGAUUUACUAGGAGUGGCAAUCUUCAAAGGCAUCUAGGAACCCACACAGGAGAGAAACGUUUUGAAUGCUCCGAGUGUGGAAAGAGAUUCCGUUGCAGUAGCAGUCUUCAAAAUCAUGUAAGAACCCACACAGGAGAGAGACCUUUUGAAUGCUCAGAGUGUGGAAAGAGAUUCAGUCAUAGUGGCGCUCUUCAGCUGCAUCAAAGAACGCACACAGGGGAGAAACCUUUUGAAUGCUCAGAGUGUGGAAAGAGAUUCAGUGACAGUGGCAGUCUUCAAAGGCAUCAAAGAACCCACACAGGGGAGAAACCUUUUGAAUGCUCAGAGUGUGGAAAGAGAUUCAGUCGCAGUGGCACUCUUCAGCUGCAUCAAAGAAUACACAUAGGGAAGAAACCUUUUGAAUGCUCAGAGUGUGGAAAGAGAUUUACUGUCAGUGGCAAUCUUCAAAGUCAUGUAAGAACCCACACAGGGAAGAAACCUUUUCAAUGCUCAGAGUGUGGAAAGAGAUUUUCCUUCAAUAGCAAUCUUCAAAGGCAUUUAAGAACCCACACAGGAGAGAAACCUUUUGAAUGCUCAGAGUGUGGAAAGAGAUUUAUUAGCAGUGGCAAUCUUCAAAUUCAUGUAAGAACCCACACAGGGGAGAAACCUUUUGAAUGCUCUGAGUGUGGAAAGAGAUUUACUAGCACUGGCACUCUUCAAACUCAUGUAACAACCCACACAGGAGAGAAACCUUUUGAAUGCUCAGAGUGUGGAAAGAGAUUUACUAGGAGUGGCACUCUUCAAAGUCAUGUAAGAACCCACACAGGAGAGAAACCUUUUGAAUGCUCUGAGUGUGGAAAGAGAUUUAAUAGCAGUGGCAAUCUUCAAAGUCAUGUAAGAACCCACACAGGAGAGAAACCUUUUGAAUGCUCAGAGUGUGGAAAGAGAUUUACUAGCAGUGGCAAUCUUCAGCAGCAUCAAAGAAUACACACAGGGAAGAAACCUUUUCAAUGCUCAGAGUGUGGAAAGAGAUUCAGUUGCAGUGGCACUGUUCAAAGUCAUGUAAGAACCCACACAGGGGAGAAACCUUUUGAAUGCUCAAAGUGUGAAAAGAGAUUCUUGGAGUUUAUGUUACUGGAAUGCUACGAGGGAGAAUCCUCUUUUCAUAGCCAAAGUUGGGGACCAUCCCUGAAGAUGGAAGCUAAGUUCUGUGAGACGGAAAGAGCCCCUUCAGAGGAAGGGCAGUGGGCCCAGUCCCAGGAGUGUGCCCUUGAUGCCCUCUCAUGCGGCAGCGAAGAGAGGGUGUUGAUCCGUCCUCUUUGCAGAAGUGUGGAGACAGCUGCUGAGUGUCCAGACUGGAAAUACUGGCCAGGGGCAACCCCCCUCGCUGAGGAGGGCUGGGGAGAAGCAGCUCCGGGGCGGCACCCGACCGAGCGCGCCGGUUUUCCCCCCGAGAGGCCGGCCCGGACCUCCGGACCUACGCCCACCGAGUCGCAGAGGUGGAUCGGGACCAACCGACGGACGGUGACGGACUCCGACUGCUUUUACCGAGGGCCACUGACCCCCAUGUACGGAGGGAGAGAGGAGCAGAGCCGGGUAUGGGUGAUGACUGACCGAUGGGACGACCCCUCGACCAUCCAUGCCCCUGGUAUCCCAGCCCUCGGUACCAGGGAGGAGGAAGCCCUACUGCGGGAGCGGAACCAGGCGUUGACUUCCCAGAACCGGGAUCUUCAGCUGACCGGGUUCAUGGAAGACCAAGGAGGUACUUUUCCUUCAGAGGAAGCCCGGGUCCGAUACACCAUCAGCCUGCUAAAGAGAGAGGCGGUAGAGUGGGCAGCCACGGCGACAGAAUCCGAACCCCGGAUUCUACACUCACUGAAUGCAUUCUUGGGGGCCCUGCAACGCCGUUUUGAAGACCCUCACCGGGGGGAGAGGGCCAAGAUUGCCAUGCACAAUUUAAAACGGGGCUCGCUCUGUAAUGGAUUAUGCCCAGGAGUUUCAGUCCCUCUCUUGCAAAAUAAGAGAGUGGAGUGA